CCUAUCAUUAACGAGGGCUAUGUUAGUGUUGAGUUACCUCCUAGACCUAAUCCAUUGGAGAUAUGGGACUCUUGUAUAGUAGGGCACUUCAUUGAUAAAGGAGUGGGUUUUAAUCAUAUGCGUAAUACUGCUUUUAGCAUGUGGAAAAGUAAAGGUCUGAAGGAGGUUCAGGCGAAUGGGGAAGGCUUCAUGUUUUUUAUCUUUGGCAGUCCUGAUUGUUGUAAUGCUGUUCUUGAGGGAGGGCCUUGGUAUAUUGGGAGUUUUAACCUUAUUCUUAGAAAAUGGACCAGAAUGAUGAAGCUUACUAAGGAAAAAGCUACUAAGUUUGGGUCAAAUUUUUUAAUAUACCUUUUGAAUACUGGGAUACAGAAUUGCUAGUGCCACAGGAGUCCCAUUAUUUAUGGACCAUCUCACUAAAAAGGGUAGCAGGGUGGCUUUUGCCAGAAUUUGUGUGGAGAUUGAGGCUAGUUCUAAGUUUCCUACUAUGUACAACAUUAGUUGUGGAGGAGACCAUGUUGUCAUUCAUGUUGAAUAUCAAGGUUUACCAGCUAAGUGUGAACACUACUUGGUGUUUGGGCAUGACACUACCAAAUGUGUUAAAACCCAAGUGGAAAAACUAGUUACCCUUCACAAGGUAAAUGAGAAUGAGCCGGAACCAGGAUGGAGUACAAUAAAAUCUAAGGGUAAGAGGAAGGUUGGGGAGAAUGCCACUGGCUUGGAGGUUGAGUUACAACAGCUGGAAAGUGAGGGGAAUGAGGAGACUUGUGUGGCUGGACAAUCUGUAAACAACCAGCAGUUAGCAGAGUUAGCUGAGGUUUCAACUGGGGAGGAUCAAAUUAGUACUUCAAAUGGUGCUGAACCCAAAGACUCUGGUGGGGAAAUCUCAAUUCCUAACCUGGAUGGUUUAAAUGACAUGAGAAAGGAGCUGGCAGAAAUUGUUCAAAUUGCUCUCCCUAAGGAGGCAGAAAUUCUUGAGAAAGUGGAAAAAUGGGUUGAGUCAACUCCUGAUAAAAGAAGUACAUCAAUUACGGAUAAACCUAAGCAAGCUAUUGUAACACAGGCAAAUCCUUUGGCAAGGGUAGCAGCAGCCAGCGGAAGAAGAAAAUGUUUUGGAGCUUCUGCAGUUUCUUUGAGGGUUGAGUGCUUGUGAGACAUAUAAAUUCCAUGAUAUACAAACUGUUUUUUUGUAGUUUUUUGUGGGUUGAGUGUCCUCAAGCUUCAUAUAAGUGGUGUACUAACUUUAUUAAUAUAAUAUAGUUUUAUAUGCAGUUAAUGGAAGCUAUUUCCGAGGGAUGUGAGGUUCUAUAUUGUGGGUCGAGUGUUGAAAGCCCAGAUAUUGUGUGGUUUAGCCUUAUAUUGCAAUGUUAUUUGUACUACCCCCUCUUGGGUAAUGCUUAUUUCAUUAUUCAUUAUUGGCAGGUUGUGUUGAGGAUCUUUUUUCAAGCUGCUUCAGGUUCUCGUAGUUUGGAGCUGUGGUCUGUUGUUAUGUUUGGGGCCUUUGGGUUAUGUGAUUUGGAUGCUGUGAGGAUGGGUGAUGAAUGCACUUUGCGCCUCUCCAGUGAAUUUUGGUUUGUGGUGGUGGCGGUUUCAAGUGCCAGAUCCUAUCAUGAGCUUUGUUUUAUUUUAUAGUACUUAUCUGUAUCACUGGUUUGAGACUGAAAUUCAUGUAGUUUAUUUUCUUUUUUUUUUGGAAAUUGAUGCUUACUCCUUGUAGGGCAUGGGGUUUGCCCCUUGUAAAUUUGUAAUUUUUUGAUUGUUUUUA